GCGACAGACAACCAGCGGCGAAAAAUUCACGGCUCCACGGCCCGACACAAUGACGCAGCCGCCUUUUUGAUGUCAAACGAUCAGCCUGAUGACGCCGCCGCCAACGAUACAGAUCUGUCUACGGAUAAGCAAAUCCUGUUGCAAAAUCUCGGUGGUAAACGAUCGUGUGUCGAGGCUGUGACGUCCGGCCACAAAGCUUCUAUCGAGCAAAGAACGAGGGACGAAGGAGGCGUAAAGAGAAGCUUGGCCGAUCAGAAAGGGAGCGAUGAUGAGUCUCGGGUGUCCGGAGAUAUUUGUCGAAUAUGCCACAUGGGCAGUUUCUCAACGGUCGAGGAGAAUCGAGCCAGUUACGAAAGACAGAACCAACCUAUUCGUGGAGUUGACAGUCAAACGUCGACAUUAUCGUCCUACGCGUAUCUCGGCCCUUUGAUCUCAGCUUGCAAGUGUCGUGGGACAGUAGCGCUGGUACACGUAGAAUGUCUUGAAAGAUGGUUGACAGAAUCGGGUCACUCUAGAUGCGAGCUUUGCGGCUACAAGUACGCCACUAAAAGAGUACCACGUCACAACAUCAUCCGUAGUGUUGUAAUAUGGUUCAAUACCGUGAUAGUGACUCGACAAAUGCUUCUAGAUAUAUUGUAUCUAGUAGUCACCACGCCACUAGCCCUGUUCUCCUGCUACAUCUGUGUCCUGGCUCUAAGAAUGUUGCUAAAAAGAGGUCUGCAAGAGAUGCCCUGGAUGAUCGUUGCCAUGCUUCCCACUUGUUCCCUUACUCUAAUCGCUUACUGGGGUUGGAUAAUUACUCUGGCCAGACUGCACGGGCGUAGAUGGCGCCGUUAUUGGAGGAGCAAUUUCGUCAUACGUUUGGUUCCUGACGACUUCAACAACGCUGAAACGAAUUCGAGGCAAGAAAGGACCACCGGUAACCAUCUUCACCAACAGAGGCCGUACGCGGACGACGAGACGAUGGAAAUACGCGACGUCACGUCGAUCGAUCGGUCCGAAUGA